GGGAGCGCGAGCGGGCGGCGGCACGGAGGCGCGGAGGCGGGGGCCGACGAGGCUGUGCGCGGGACGCCGCGGAGAGGUGUGCAGGUUCUGAGUAGAACCCCGAGAACCCUAUCGCCCUGUCGGGCCGCCAGCCACACGCUCUUCUCCAGCACCAGCGGCUGCGCGGCGGCCCCCGUCCCGUCGCCUUCCUUCCCACUCCACCGCCCGCAGCCUUCCUCCACCCCGCAGCGCGGCCGGCCCGGGCCAGCCGUGGCCCACGUCGGUGCGGGCCGCCAUGGCUGAUGCGCCCGGCGCGGGGGAAAUCUAGUCCGGGGAUUUCAUGCGGCCUAGCUUGGUUCCGUCUCCUACCCCCGCGGCUCCGGCAGCUGCCCGAACCCUCGCCUGACUCCGGGCCUCCGUGUCUCUCCUGUGAUCGCACUGACACGGCCGGGGGGUUAGAAUGGAACAAACUGAAGGCCCGGUGAGAGAAAGGGAAAGUUAAGGAUGCUGGAGCAGAACAAUGGAUUUCUCUUUCUCUUUCAUGCAAGGGAUCAUGGGAAACACAAUUCAGCAACCACCUCAACUCAUUGACUCCGCCAACAUCCGUCAGGAGGAUGCCUUUGAUAACAACAGUGACAUUGUUGAAGAUGGUGGCCAGACACCGUACGAAGCUACCUUGCAACAAGGCUUUCAGUAUCCACCUACAACAGAAGACCUUCCUCCACUCACAAAUGGCUACCCACCAUCGAUCAGCAUGUAUGACACUCAAACCAAAUACCAACCAUAUAAUCAGUAUCCCAAUGGGUCAGCCAAUGGUUUUGGUGCAGUUAGAAACUUUAGUCCCACUGACUAUUACCAUUCAGAAAUUCCAAACACAAGACCACAUGAAAUUCUGGAAAAACCUUCCCCUCCACAGCCACCACCCCCUCCUUCGGUACCACAAACUGUGAUUCCAAAGAAGACUGGCUCACCUGAAAUUAAACUAAAAAUAACCAAAACUAUCCAGAAUGGCAGGGAAUUGUUCGAGUCUUCUCUUUGUGGAGACCUUUUAAAUGAAGUACAGGCAAGUGAGCACACAAAGUCAAAGCAUGAAAGCAGAAAGGAAAAGAGGAAAAAAAGCAACAAGCAUGACUCAGCCAGAUCUGAAGAGCGCAAGGCUCACAAAAUUCCCAAAUUAGAACCAGAGGAACAAAAUAGACCAAAUGAGAGGCUGGACCCAACACCAGAAAAACCAAGAGAAGAGCCUGUAAUCAAAGAGACUGCCCCGGUUCAGCCAAUACUGUCUUCUGUUUCAACAACAGAAGUGUCCACUGGUAUUAAGUUCCAGGUUGGUGAUCUGGUUUGGUCCAAGGUGGGAACCUAUCCUUGGUGGCCUUGUAUGGUUUCAAGUGAUCCCCAGCUUGAGGUUCAUACCAAAAUUAACACAAGAGGUGCCCGGGAAUACCAUGUCCAAUUUUUUAGCAACCAGCCAGAGAGGGCAUGGGUUCAUGAAAAGCGUGUACGGGAGUAUAAAGGUCAUAAACAGUAUGAAGAAUUACUGGCUGAGGCAACCAAGCAAGCCAGCAAUCACUCUGAAAAACAAAAGAUUCGGAAACCCCGACCUCAAAGAGAACGUGCCCAGUGGGAUAUUGGCAUUGCCCAUGCAGAGAAAGCAUUGAAAAUGACUCGAGAAGAAAGAAUAGAACAGUAUACCUUCAUCUAUAUUGAUAAACAGCCUGAAGAGACUUUAUCCCAAGCAAAAAAGAAUGUUACCUCCAAGACUGAUGUUAAAAAACCCCGAAGACCAAGAUCUGUGCUGAAUACUCAACCAGAACAGACCAAUGCAGGGGAGGUGGCCUCCUCACAAUCAAGUACUGAAAUUCGGAGGCAGAGCCAGAGGCGGCAUACAAGCACGGAAGAGGAAGAACCACCUCCUGUUAAAAUAGCCUGGAAGACAGCAGCUGCAAGGAAAUCUUUACCAGCUUCCAUUACCAUGCACAAAGGGGGCCUGGAUUUGCAGAAGUGCAACAUGUCUCCUGUUGUAAAAAUUGAACAAGUGUUUGCUCUUCAGAAUGCAACAGGAGAUGGAAAAUUUAUUGAUCAAUUUGUUUAUUCAACAAAGGGAAUUGGUAACAAAACGGAAAUAAGUGUCAGGGGGCAAGACAGACUUAUAAUCUCUUCACCAAAUCAGAAAAGUGAAAAGCCAACUCAGAAUAUAUCAUCUCCUGAAGCAACAUCCUGUCCUACAGGCUCAGUAGAAAAGAAACAACAGAGAAGAUCAAUUAGGACUCGAUCUGAAUCAGAGAAAUCCACUGAGGUUGUGCCAAAGAAGAAGAUCAAAAAGGAGCAGGUUGAAACAGUUCCUCAAGCUACAGUGAAGACUGGAUUACAAAAAGGUGCCAGCGAGAUUUCAGAUUCCUGUAAACCUCUAAAGAAAAGGAGUCGAGCCUCAACAGAUGUAGAAAUGACUAGUUCUGCAUACAGAGACACGUCUGACUCCGAUUCUAGAGGACUGAGUGAUCUGCAGGUAGGCUUCGGAAAACAAGUAGAUAGCCCUUCAGCUACUGCAGAUGCAGACAUGUCUGAUGCACAGUCCAUGGAUUCAAAUUUGUCCCGAAGAGGUGUUGGCAGUAGGAAGGACACCGUGUGUCAGAUCUGUGAAAGCCCUGGUGACUCUCUGACUCCAUGUGAGGGAGAAUGCUGCAGACACUUUCACCUGGAAUGCCUGGGGUUGACAUCAGUUCCUGAAGGGAAGUUCAUCUGCACAGAGUGUAACACUGGGGAACACCCAUGUUUUUCAUGCAAAGUAUCUGGUAAAGAUGUGAAGCGUUGUUCUGUUGGAACUUGUGGGAAAUUUUAUCACGAAGCCUGUGUUCGCAAAUUUCCUACUGCCAUCUUUGAGUCUAAAGGAUUCCGCUGUCCUCAACAUUGCUGCUCUGCCUGCUCUAUGGAGAAAGACAUCCACAAAGCAAGCAAAGGACGCAUGAUGAGAUGCUUGCGAUGUCCAGUCGCCUAUCACUGUGGAGAUGCUUGCAUUGCUGCUGGAAGUGUAUCUGUGACCUCCUACAUUCUCAUCUGUAGUAACCAUUCCAAACGGGGCAAUCAUACUACUGCUGCUAUAAAUGUAGGCUUUUGUUUUGUUUGUGCCAGAGGGCUGAUAGUUCAGGACCAUUCAGACCCCAUGUUCAGUUCCUAUGCCUAUAAGUCCCACUACCUACUGAACGAAUCAAAUCGUGCUGAGUUGAUGAAAUUACCUAUGAUUCCUUCUUCGUCAGCUUCCAAAAAGAAAUGUGAGAAAGGUGGAAGAUUGCUCUGCUGCGAAUCGUGCCCGGCUUCCUUCCACCCAGAAUGCCUAAGCAUAGAUAUGCCAGACGGCUGCUGGAAUUGCAAUGACUGUAAAGCUGGCAAGAAACUCCAUUACAAGCAGAUUGUUUGGGUCAAAUUGGGAAAUUACAGAUGGUGGCCAGCUGAGAUCUGCAAUCCCAGGUCUGUGCCACUGAACAUCCAAGGCCUUAAGCAUGACUUGGGGGACUUCCCUGUGUUCUUCUUUGGUUCUCAUGACUACUAUUGGGUACACCAAGGCAGAGUGUUCCCUUAUGUUGAAGGAGACAAAAGCUUUGCUGAGGGACAGACUAGUAUUAACAAGACCUUCAAAAAAGCACUGGAAGAAGCUGCCAAACGUUUCCAGGAACUGAAAGCACAAAGAGAAAGUAAAGAAGCAUUAGAGAUUGAGAAAAACUCAAGAAAACCUCCUCCUUACAAACACAUCAAAGCUAACAAAGUAAUAGGGAAGGUUCAGAUCCAGGUUGCUGACCUGUCGGAGAUCCCCCGUUGUAACUGCAAGCCUGCUGAUGAGAACCCUUGCGGCCUAGAAUCUGAGUGUCUGAACAGAAUGUUGCAGUAUGAGUGCCACCCACAGGUGUGCCCUGCUGGAGAUCGCUGUCAGAACCAGUGCUUCACCAAGAGGCUGUACCCAGAUGCAGAGAUCAUCAAAACUGAGCGCAGAGGCUGGGGCCUCAGGACCAAAAGAAGCAUUAAGAAGGGUGAAUUUGUAAAUGAAUAUGUUGGUGAAUUAAUUGAUGAAGAAGAAUGUAGACUACGAAUCAAGAGAGCACACGAGAACAGUGUAACUAAUUUUUAUAUGUUAACUGUUACCAAGGACCGUAUAAUUGACGCUGGCCCAAAAGGGAAUUAUUCUCGUUUUAUGAACCACAGUUGUAAUCCAAACUGUGAAACACAAAAAUGGACAGUGAAUGGAGAUGUUCGAGUUGGACUUUUUGCUCUUUGCGAUAUUCCUGCAGGGAUGGAGUUAACAUUUAAUUAUAACUUGGAUUGCCUGGGCAAUGGCAGAACGGCAUGCCACUGUGGGGCAGAUAACUGCAGUGGUUUUCUAGGAGUGCGGCCAAAGACAGCAUGUGCGUCAACAGCUGAAGAGAAGGCAAAGAAUGCUAAGUUAAAGCAGAAGAGACGGAAAAUCAAAACAGAACCAAAGCAGAUGUAUGAAGAUUACUGUUUUCAAUGUGGAGAUAGUGGAGAGCUGGUCAUGUGUGACAAAAAAGACUGUCCCAAAGCAUACCACCUUCUAUGCCUUAACCUGACUCAGCCACCAUAUGGGAAGUGGGAAUGCCCGUGGCAUCAGUGCAGCAAGUGCGGCAGUGCGGCCAUUUCCUUCUGUGAGUUCUGUCCACGCUCAUUUUGUAAAGAGCAUGACAAGGGGGCUCUGGUUCCCUCUGCGCUGGAAGGCCACCUUUGCUGCUCCGAACAUGACCCCCUGUCUCCCGUGUCAUCGGAGUACUGGAGCAAGAUCAAGUGUAGAUGGGAAUCUGGAGAUCAUGGAGAAGAAGCAGGAGAAUAAAUGGAUCAUGAUUUCCUCCCCUUCUCUUUUUAUUUAAAUGAAAUGAAGAGAAGCAAGCAAGCAGAUAAUGUGUUAAAAAGAAGAGACUGUGUAGUACAGAUAGCCUUUGCCAUCAGAACUGCCUUAUUAACAAAAAUAGGAAAUGGUUCCACAGGCAGAAGUAGUUGGUAUGUCUGGUUUUCCUGUUAUAUUGCUUUGGGGAUUCUUUGUGGAGGGUUAAAUUCCCUUGGUUUUUCCUUGCCUUUUAUUGUACUUCAAAUCUUUUGCAGAGUGGGGCAAAGAAGUGUCUUUGCUUUUAAAGAAAAAAUUGAAAAGGAAAGUUUUGUUAAUGAGAUGGCUUAAAGUCUUAAAUGUGCUCCUUGGUUAUAGAAAGCAAAAGUAGCAUUCCUUUAUCUUCAUUUUUACAAGUUUCCCAAAGUGUGUUUCAAAUGGUCUAAUGAGUGUGUGUGUGUGUGUGUGUGUGUGUGUGUGUGUGUGUGUGUGUGUGUGUGUGUGUGUGUUCAGUAAGGAAUUGGAGGGAAACCCUCUAGAAAAGGGUGUGACCACUUUUUGUACCUCUUUCCUGAGCGGUAGGUGGGGGUUGACUUCUUUCCCUUCCUUGUCUUUCGCAGAAGAGCUCUGCAAGUAUUAAAUCUGGCCUCUUGGAAACCAAGGCCUCACUGCCUUUGUGUUCUUAACCUAGGUGGACUUUGUGAUAUGGUAUCUGUACCUAGAAAGGCAGCUGGAUGGAUUUUUUUUCUAGAAGGAGGAAAGAAAUGAAUGUGCUCACUGAUUCUAAAAUAUCAUCCACUAGUAGUGGGCUUUUCUGAUACACUGCAGAUAGUUAACAUGAAUGCACAGUGGAGUGUCACUCCCAUCCUCUGGAUGCAGGAUGAGGUAGCUAAACAGAGAUGCAAGGCACAAACCAGAAAUUGGAUCUUAGAAGUCCCAUCUUUUUUUCCAAUUUAGUAUAGACCCAUUCAGACUUAGAAUUAAUGGCAUUUUGUUUUCUGUGUAUUUCCUUGUUCCAGUCAGACAUUUCCUUUGCCAACUGACCAUUCAGUCAUGUUUCUUGGCAAAGCUACACAAGUGAAUUGGAGUUGGGUUCGAAUGGAUCUUUUUGUGGGGGUUCCUAAUAGGAACGGGGUAAAAGCAGUAGGACCAUCCUCACAUUCUAUGUAAACAAUUUUUUAGUAUUACCUAAUAGUUAAAAUUACCCCUGUUUUAUAAGGGGAAGAAGUUCUACUUUUACAGGGUAUAUAAAAGCUAUACAAACACUUCAUCUUAGCAAGCAUGUGGAGAAAGCUCCCAAGAAAGUCAGUGUUAGCCAAAAGAGUUGACUAGGAUGUUUGAAUCUUACAGACCCAAGUAUAUUGGGUAUUUGUCUACAAAAUCACCACAUUUAUUGCUUAGGAGUGUGUAUAUUCAAGUAUUCCUUGUAUGAAAUCCUUAGUAAUGAUUGUUAUUACACCAUAUAAAUAGAAGUCUAGGGUUAGCCUGAGUGAAUAUUAACUUUCUCUGUGAAUUUGAUUGCUUACAGAUGCUGGUACCUGGUAGCAUUUAUUUUCCCUUAACCUAGUUCCCUUACGAACUUCAGGAGGGUGGAUGCUCUCCCACAUUCCUUCAGUUGUGUUUGUUCCAUUUUAUUGUCUAUUUAGAGCUCUUUCUGGAAAGAAAAAGAGCUAUUUGUGCCUCUCUUUUUUGUAUAAAAAUGUGCAAUUAUACUGGAUUUUCUCUUACAAAGAAUAACAGCAACAACACUACAAUUCCUAUAUGUAAGCUCCUAAACUGCCAUUUGCCUGAUUAUAGUAAUUAAUUCUGGGGAGACUUAUUUGGCCUCCAGUAAUUUUGAUGAUUAGAUAUGAUCCCCAAAGAAAGAAUAAAAUGGAAAAUUCUACACAUUACCAAGUCUAAUCAUAAAAGUAAUGUGAAAUAAACAGCUCAUGAAAACACUAGACUUUGCUCUUGAGCAGUUACAUGUAGUUUGAUGUCCUUUUAAAAAUAAUUUAAGAAAAUCUAGGUUUUAUUGUACUAAAGUCUUAUUUUAUAUAAAUAUAUGAUAAAUAUAUGUUUUUUUAAACUUACUAACAAGAAUUUCCUUUAAUACAAAUGCAACUCUUGUUGGAACUAUCCAAAUGAUAUUGUAUCUUGUUUUCUUUUCAAAUUAAUGCUAUUUAAUAUCUGAUGACUUUUAUAUAGUGAGCCCAGGUAUCAUGUACUGCAAAUACCUUAGGUUGGAGUGCUUUUAUGUAGCUUCUGCACUGGGCCACAUUUUGUUUUUAUAUCUGUAACAACUCUGCUCUGCAGAGACUUUUUAAAAAAAUUUUUUUAAUGAAUAAUAGGAUUGUUCUGUCAUUUCAGAAAUCAAAGUAGAAAACUAAAUAGCUAACCACAACUCCAGUGUUUGAAGGUCUAAACAAUGGUUUUGGUCAUGCCAGGGCCAAGGACCUCCCUGUUGACCACUUCCAUAGAUCAUGAAAGCAGCAAGCUAGUGGUCUGUGGGUAGACACACACAUGUACUGUGCUUGCCUGUUCUGCUUAAUCAGCCUCAAGUUGCUGUUUGUUCAUUUUAAAAUCUACAUGUGACCAUAGCGUAAGUGGUUGGUUUUUGUUCCUGCCCCAAAUGAAGUAACUUUUAAAGCAGCUUGGGAUCAUGGUGGUGUUUUAUAACCUCAUGUGGAUUGCUUGGAGGGAGAAGUGAACAUAACAUUUUUGAUCAUCAGCAAAAACUUCAGAAAUUGGAUGACUAAGAGUUAAAUAUGGAGCAGGAAAAUCUUCCUAGGCACUGCAGGGAAAGCAGGACUGGCAUGUGCACAUGCGUGCGUGCACACGCACACACACUCCAGGCUCUGUGGUCUGCUGAGCAAAAGGGAAGAUGCCCUUUGCCCCUAGCAUGCAGAAGCAGCUGGGGGCUUCAUUUCAAGUCAGCUCUGGAGAUCACAGUCAGGUAGGGUUUAUUUUCAUUUUUGUUUUAAAGUUCCCACACUGUUUCCUCACAAAUAAGAUCUGGCAUAAGCUGUUGAAUGGACUGAGUUUUAAAAUCAUGGAACAUGAAGAUUGCUGUGUAAGUCAGUAACACAUCUGAACACUGAAAAGAUAACUGGAGAAAGGGGAAAAUGCUGCCUCCCCUUUCCUGCCACUACCAUGUAGUAUGUAGAACCAUGCCUGUAAAUAAUGUAGGACACAGAUGGUAUCGCAUCAUGUGAUAUAAUCUCAGAUGGGACAAGAUUCCAUGAAAUAGCCUCCUUUUUGAGUUGUUUCUUGCAUGAUGUAUUGCAAUCAGGGUCAGACCCAGAUCUACAGUCCAGAAUGGAAUCCCCGUACUGCCAUGGACUGUUGCUUAUCAUCUUUAAAUGCAAAGCUUUUUUUUGAGCAUUCACCAUAAAGAAAAAGUACUGCCAGUCACACACCAUGUCCCUAACAGGGUAAGAAGACAAGUAGCCCUGAGUCCUUACAAGCUUGCAAAGCUUGUCUUUGCAGUACUUCAUGCAGUAACAGUGAGGUGAUGUAAAGUUGUUUUGUUGCUGGGCAAUGCAGACUAGAAUUAAUUUUUACAAGGCUGUUGUGUCUACUUCCCUCCACUUGUCCAAGCUGCUGCAAACAGGAGGUGAUCAAAUGGACCGAUUUCCUUCAGUUUAGGACCACCUCGAGCUGGUCUCUGGUUGUUAACAAGCAAAAGGUAGAACUUGGCUCCCUUUUUAGAUGGAGUAGGAAAUAGAUAUAAUUAGGCAGCUCUGCAAUGUAUUAACCAAUAUUGAAUAGUUGAAGAUUUGUAUUACUGAAAUCUCAUCCUCCUUUGCCUGGGAUGGGGCAUCAAGGGUUCUGGAAAAGAAAAAGAGUUGUAAGAGUAAGGGAGGGGAAAGCUGAUGUUUACCACGGGUACGAUGUAGUCACCUUAACACUGAGACCUCUGCCUCAUUGAAUUCAGGUUUUUUAAGUACUUGAAGCUCUUCAGAUGCUCUUUAUUUUAUAGUUUCAUUUUAAAUGUAUGAACUACAAAGCAUUGUUUUGUAUACUGUUUUAAAAAUAUUCUAGUCUCUUAACCCUCCUUAACUGGGAUUAAAGACCAAGUUCUUCAAAUGGGGGAAUAUAUUCAUAGUUGAUAUCUUAGAUUUAUUGUCUACCUUUGAAGAAGAGACUCUUGCAUGGAUACCAGCAGCAUUUUUAUGAAAAUUUCCUAGUAAGUUUCUUAUUUUGUCUAUCUGUCAACCCUUUUCCCAAGCACCUCUUUCCUUUUAAUAAAUACAUGCCUGUGUUAGGGAAAAAAUAUUGCACUUAUGUAUGUUACACUCCUACAGUGCUGUGUGUAACUUUCAAAAACACAUUUCCGUUUUCGUGGCUUUUUGUCAGUCCAUUGAAAAUUGACAAAUGUGAGCACUUGUGGUACAGAUGUAUGAAGGGGGUAGAGGAAGAGAAUUACCAGUCCUCAUUAGGCUCUAAAAGUCAUUAACAUGUAAGUAAAAAGGGAAAACAGGAUAGUUGCCAAAGUCAUUAUUGAGUCCUCAGUUUUCCUACGAAAUCGCUCCAUGGUAAUGAAGCACCCUUAGCUUCCCUAUGCCCACAGCUGUGCCCACAGCCUCUUCAUGUGUUGCAAGUGGCUCACAAGCGUCAGCCACAUGGCUUGUACAAGAUACAGAGUAUUUAAAAGAUAAUCUUGUCCAUUUAAAAGUGGGCUGAAUAAAUUUGCUUUUUUGCUGUUAUUAAUAUUUUUUUUUAAAUCUCAUUGGAUGGAGGUAUGGCUCAAGUGGCAGAGUGCCUGCUUGGCAUUUGCAAGGCCCUGAGUUCAAACCCCAGUACCACCCAGAAAGAAUUUUUUUUUAAAAAAAUCUGUUUUGUUACAUGCCCUAUGUGGAGAUGUUGUUGGCACUAAUUAACCAAGAUGCUAAAUGAUUACAAGUGACUGAAAAGAUCAUCUUUUUAUAUUCAAGGGUGUGUGCAUUUGGAAUUAAUGACAAAUUCAUUUGUACCCACAGUAAUGUUGCACAACAGAUACCUACAGAUUCCCUUUUCAUUUUUUUCAUAUGCUUUACAUAAUGGCCUUUGUAAAACUGUUAUUUCUGUAAUAAACUUUAUAGAUCCUAUGAAAUGUUAUUUUGCCUAAAUCACUUGAGACGAGUCUAAUAACAAAGCAUCACUAUCUAUCCAUUAAUGUCAGAGUUUCUGUGACUUGCCUAGAAGCUCUUGACACUAAGGGAUUCGUGUUAAUUCUCCCUGGGAAUGUUCCACUAGGGGCAUUACUGUACAUGACUCCAUGCUGCCACAUCGAGUUCAAGAUGUCAUAUUUUGAGGAUUUUGAUUGGCCUGUUUUAUUGCAAAGUGUGAAGCGUGCAAAGCUUGGUUAACCUGUAUAUAGCUAGCUUAUUGUGGACUAGUUAUAGUGCACUUAGGAUUGCCUGUAAUAUCUAAGCUUCUAACUGAUGUUGUACUAGUAGGAACAUGUCAUUUUUGUACAUUAUAUUUACUGAAAUGUUGCCUUUUUUAUUUUACAAAUACUUUGGAAUUCAAACGUGUUUUCAGGUUCUGUGAGGAUUGAUUUGGAAACGUUUUUAAUGACAUUCCACUAAUUUCCGAUUUUGCUUGAGAUCAACCUCAAUAAAUUGUCUUGUAUGUUCCAAGUUCA